CAAACCCCAUUUUCCCAAAAUUCUGACAACUUUUUUGCAUCAUUUUUGCUAGUUAGCAAAAAGCUCAUGUGAGCAUAUAGCCACUAGUCAUAUCCAAACGCUCAAUGAUCUUGAAAUCACAAAAUCUAACGUUAAAUUCCUCAAAAUUAUAAGAGUAGAAGGAUCAAAGUUCGCGAAAAUGGAAGUAGAGAUCAAUUCCAUAGAAGCUAUUAAACCUUCUAAACCAACCCCAUCACACCGUAAAUUACACAAACUCUCAAGCCUAGACCAACUCUCACCUAGCAUCUAUGUUCCCGUCCUCUUCUUCUACCGUGCCCCUUUGACACCUCACGAUCGUGUUAGCUUAUCUUCACAACUAAAGAGCUCACUUUCGGAGACAUUAACUCAUUACUACCCAUUUGCAGGAAAGAUGAUCAAAGACGGUGUACAUAUCGACUGUGAUGAUAUGGGAGCUCUUUUCUUAGAGACCCGGGCUAAGAACAACCUUGUUGAUAUCCUUACAUUGCCAAAACUCGAGGCCUUAAGCAUGCUCUUCCCUGAUGAUUUGCAGUGGAAGAGCUCGAAAAAUUCGAGGGUUUUGGCUGUCCAAGUUUGCUACUUUGACUGUGGAGGUUUGUCCAUUGGCAUCUGCAUUUCAAGCAAAAUUGCAGAUGCUUGUACCAUAGUUACCUUCCUCAACGAUUGGGCUACGUAUGCUCGAAAAACUGGAAAUAGUGGCCUUCCAUCAAUUUGUCCUUUGUUCAACACAUCAUUAUCGAUAUUAUUCCCUCCUAGUGAUCAAAUUGUCGUACCAGAGAUUGAAUUUACGAUAGCCAAUGUCGUCACAAGGAGAUAUGUUUUCCAUUCAACAAAGAUAUCAGAGCUCAAAGCUAACAUAGUGUCCAACUCAAAAAUCCUAGAAAACCCAACUCGUGUUGAGGUUGUAACAUCACUCAUGUAUAAAUCCAUAAUUCAAGCAAAUAAAAUUCGAUCUCUUGGCUUGGUAAAGACAUUUAUGCUAGCUCAAACGGUAAACAUGCGACCUAGAAUGGUUCCAUCAUUGCCAAGAAAUACUAUUGGUAACAUAGUUUGGUACUUUCCGGUUAUAAUCAUAGACAAUGAUGACAUAAGUCUAGAAACAUUGGCAACCCAAAUGAGGGAAUCGUUUUUGAAAUUAUGCGACGUUGCUAAAAAUGUUGAAGGGAAAGGGUGGCUUUUGAUAGAGGGCAAGUUAGUAAACGACGCUGAGCAUAGCCUGAACAAUGCUUACAAAUUUAGCAGCUGGUGCAGGUACCCUAUAUACGAAGUGGAUUUCGGGUGGGGAAGCCCUAUAUGGGUUAGCACUGCCGAGUAUCCUUACCAGAAUAGUGUUAUUAUGAUGGAUAGCAAAGACGGAGAGGGGAUUGAAGCAUGGGUGACCUUGGAUGAAGAAGUUAUGUAUGUGUUUCAAAGUGAUGAAGAGCUUCUCAAGUUUGCUUCCUUAAAUCCAAGCAUUUACGACAAUAUGCAAAAUUGAGGAUUUGGGUUUGUAAAAAUUGUGAAUUUAUUGAUGUU